UCCUACUUUUGAGGUUAGUUCGUGUUUAUACUUGUGAUACUUGUCAAAAGCGCAAUUUUCUUUUUUUUUUCGAAAAACGAAAUGUGAAUAUUAAAAAUAGUGAAAGUGUCUAGAGGAGUGAAAUCCUCGUUAAUUGGAAAUUGAUUUAGAAAAGCAAUGUAUGGAAUUGUGUGUUCAACAUUUUAAUAUAAAAGAAAAAAGUCAUGUUUUUUCCAAUAGGUUGGCCGCGAGUAUUAAACUCGUCAGAGCCUGAGAAAAUUCGUGCUGUUGUUUGUAAUAGAGAUAAAAUCCUAUUUUCUAUUCUCACAUCAAAUUCAUUAGCCAUCUGGUAUUGUAAGCCAUGUGUUCCAAUUGUUUUUAUCAGACGUCCACCCGAGUCCUUAGAAAAGUACGGAGAAAAUACUUUAAUUCAAUGGAGGCCGGAUUCCAGUAUGUUGGUGAUUUCUACUUCUGACAGUUAUUUAUUAUUUUAUCGUCUAUCCUACAAUGGUCCGGAUGCUCACGGUCUCUAUGAGCAGCGAGAUUCUCCAGUUACGAGUUUAAGACGUGACAGUGCCGAAUUAUUCAUCAAAGAAGUUAUUCCAUCGUUGACAUUAACCUUCGAAAAAUCGGCAUGGAUCGAUGGAGGAAUAAGUUCCUUGGUUUGUAUCCGAGAUGAACUUAUGGUAGCGACAAAAACGAGUCACAUUCUUCGGCAUAAAUGGGACGGAACAGUGAAUCGUGAUUAUUCUCUGGAUUUGGGUAGAAUUCCAUUUAGUGUCGAUCAACAAAUUUCAACUGUCGCUGUACCAAUUACGGAAAAUAAUGUGUUUGUAAAGGACAUUGAAUAUUCACCACUUGUUGGAGGAUUUGCCAUAGUGUUAAGUAACGGAAAGGCAGCAUUUUUAACCGCCCAAUCUCUUAAAUUCGAUCCAAAUCAAGUGCAAGGUAUCUGGGCGAAAGAUUUAGAUGACGCAACUUGUGCCGCUGUUAAUCAUAAAUAUCGCUUAAUCGUUUUUGGUAGAAGAAAUUCCGAAGGCGUCGUUUAUUAUGUAGAUGAGACAACGGGAGGACUGGAGAUCUCUCAUAAUCUUAGUUUAUCAUCGAAAGAUUAUCCAGGAAAACCGGGUCAAGUGACUUGUUUAAGAUGGACACCAGAUAGUUGUGCAAUAGCAAUGGCUUGGGAGGGCGGUGGCCUCGCAAUUUGGAGUACAUUCGGAGCACUUCUUCUUUGCUCAUUAAAAUGGGAUUACGGUCUUAGAGUCGAUCUUGCUCGUGACAAUCCUCUUCACAUUCAAACUAUGGAAUGGUCCGCGGAAGGAUAUCAAUUAUGGAUGUUGCGUGAAUCUCCAUCACCCUCAACGAUAGAACAAAAUGGAAAUGAAGUUAGCAAUACGAGAACUUUAAUUCAAAUGGAUUUUGCAAAAAGUCCCUUAACUGUUAAUCCUUGCAUGGGUCAUCAUGGUCAUUUGUAUCUGCAAGGUGAGGAUCGUCUUUAUUUAAAUUUAGGAAGCGGUGUAUCGACUCAAACUGGAAGUUUUCAUCUCACAAAUGAAACGCCUUUGGAUAGUUCCUUACAGACAUUUUCUGGUUCAAAGCAGUGGUUAGUUGUUCCUAUUCCAAUUGCCUACAGCGGCUCCAAUUGGCCGAUUCGAUUUACGGCAAUUGACAAUGAAGGUCUCAGUAUUGCAGUCGCAGGACGUACGGGAUUAGCGCAUUAUUCACUUCCUUCGAGAAAAUGGAAAUUAUUUGGCAAUGAAACGCAGGAACGUGAUUUUAUAGUAACUGGUGGAUUAUUGUGGCAUCGUGGUUCUCUUAUUGUCAGUAGUUAUUCACUAUUGGAGGAUAAGGAUGAGAUAAGAAUUUAUCCACGUGAUAUGCGUUUGGAUAAUAGUUAUGUGAGAAGUAUAAAAAUGCCCUCACAAGUUCUCUUGCUCAAUACAACGAAAAAUCAUCUUCUAACAUUUUGCGCCAACGCUCAAAUAAGUAUCUACGAUAUGGUACUCGAUGGCAAAGAAGGUUCGGGGAGUCUCGAAUUAAUAAGAACGCAAACAAUUGAUAUCAGUGGACUUUGCGUGCAUCCUGCUUGCGUUGUCAGUGCAACAUUGACGACAAUUCGCGCCGAAACUGCCGGCAGUCAUCCACAUCCCGAGAGUCUUUUGCUAAACGUUUCCGGAAGACUUUUAAUGGUACAACGUGAACAUUGCACCGACAAUUCAGAAGUGCUGUUUACUUGCGGAGCUCCGAAUGUGUUGGCGUCUUGUGUCGAAAAUGUGUGGGUGCCUUGGCGUUCAAGACGUGAUAAACCUCAUUUAACGGAAGCCCUUUGGCUGUUUUGCGGAGCUCAUGGAAUGCGCGUUUGGCUUCCAUUAUUUCCUAGAAAUCAACAAGACAAAACACACACAUUUAUGAGCAAAAGGAUAAUGCUGCCGUUUCAUUUGAGAAUUUAUCCGCUGGCUAUUUUGUUCGAGGAGGCAAUUUUACUCGGCGCUGAAAAUGACACCGUUCUCUAUACUUCCGACACACAUUCCCUAUUUUCACUUCCAUUCUCUUUACUCGAACUCACGAGUCAAGUUUACCUGCAUCAAAUUCUACGACAAUUAAUUCAACGAAAUUUGGGCUAUCACGCAUGGGAUAUUGCAAGAUCGUGUUCGGCUUUGCCGUAUUUUCCGCAUUCGUUGGAAUUGCUUUUACAUGAGGUUCUCGAGGAAGAGGCAACCAGCAAGGAACCAAUACCGGACGCUCAAUUGCCAUCGGUUGUCGAAUUUAUUCGCGAAUUUCCCGGUGUUUGGGCACGAGCUGUUGUACAAUGCGCGAGAAAAACUGAAAUUGCCCUCUGGCCCUAUCUAUUCUCAGUCGCUGGACCACCGAAAAAAUUACUGCAAGACUGUCUACAACGUCAGGAACUUGACACGGCAGCGAGUUAUUUAAUUAUUUUACAAAAUUUAGAGCCGUCGUCGGUGAGUCGACAGCACGCUACAUUAUUACUCGACGCUGCUUUAGAGCAGGGACGAUGGGAAUUGUCUAAGGACUUGGUGCGCUUUCUAAGGGCGAUUGAUCCGAAUGAUGUCGAGUCGCCGCGAACUUCUUGGGGGGCGACAUCGAAAUUAGGAGGACCACCGCCAACGCCUCCGAUUUCGUCUCAGGAGGAGGAUUUGUCUCUUGUUUUAGGGACAAUGCAGGUUUCAAGAAGUCGCAGUUACAGUACGACAGUUUCUCCGAAAACGCCGACAGAAACCGGAAGUAAAGAUCAAACGCCAUCGUCCAUGUUGGAGAAGACGAAAAACGUUGUCAUGAGGCGGAAAAAGUCGGUGCCAAGUGUCAAAGCCGAAAAAACUGACAACAAAGAAGGAUCGGCGGAGGAAUUCUUCAUUGAUGUGAUUCUUCAGAGGCACGCGCGACGAUUACUGUCGGCCCGACGUUUAACAGAUCUCGGCCGUUUUGCGGCGCGUUUGGAUUUUCAUUUAGUGACAUGGUUGGCGCGCGAGAGAGAUCGUGCAGCUAAAUUGGAUGAUUUUGUCGUUGCCUUGAAAGCCGUCCACGAAGAUUUUAUCUUUCCCUAUCCGUUAAUGAAUUUGCCGUCUUUAAAUAAAUUACGAAGAUCGAGUGUCACCUCGUCGCCACUCGACAGUCCAGACGAUGUUUUAAAUCCAAAUAUGGCUGUCGAUUUUCCCGACAGUGGAUACACGAGUUUACCGAGUAGUCGACCGCCGUACACGAGUUUAAUUUCACCAGUUGCGAGUCUUGAGACGCAAUUUCCGGUCACCGAGGCAAAUCUCACUCCGCACAUGCUGCAAGAUACGAGCAGUGUGAUAAGUGACACGAGUACAGUUUGGAAGGACGACAUUGAAUCUAUUGUUGGAACGGGAGUGGGAACGAAUUGCUGGGUCGCAACGGAACCGAUAGAACCGAUUGAAAUUCAUGUUCCUUCGCCUGUGGGUCCGGUAAGUCGUGCGGAGGUUCAACUUUGUUAUCUUCUGCAAUUGUUCCUUGAAGCUGGAUGCCUUGGAUGGGCCGCUGUUUUGGCUACCGUUUUGAGAGACGCGCCGGCAAUGUCGAGAACCGUCAGAGCGGCGUACGCACCAAUGCAAACUCUCGAAUCUGCAAUUAAUUUGCGAGACGGUCUUCAAUUACUCACCCGAUGGUCACAAAAUGAAUGCCUGAGAUACAGAUCGUUCAUGUCCGGAAUUCAGGGUCAAAUAUCGUUGCUCAAUCGUCUAAUUAUGACGAAACAACAACAGGAACAAGAGAUUCCAGAGAGUCCAUCGCCGAGUCCUGCGCCUUCUUCUGGAAGUCAACCACGAGGUAAUGUUUCUUCACGUUCUCGACAUUCGUCAAUAAGUCACACAUCAACAACUGCUCUCGAGGAGGAAAAUUCUUUAGACUCACCGACAAGUGUCGAAGACACUAGUUUUCGAGGUAGUCACAGUAGUUUAAAAGAUUUAGAAACUAAUUCACAAACCGGAUGUGUUGUUUCAUAAAAUUUCUUUUUUUCUCCCUCUCUAUCUCUCUCUCUAGUAUUUUACUUCGACUUGAACAAUUUCUCCUUGUUCUCUUUUUUUCCUUUCGAUAAAUAGUUCGAAAAAUCGAAAACGUCUCAAAUAUCUUAUUAAGGGGCCCACAAGAUUCUAAUGCUCAGUUUUUGAAAAUUGAAAAAAAAAUAAUUUUCAAAAGACCAGAAAUUUUGAAAUCAAAAAAAAAAAAAAAAAACUCAUAAAGGCUGAAAAAGAAACUAUAAUUUGCAAAUACAGGGUUUUAAUAAUGAUGGAGUAAUCCACUCUUUAGUGGAAUAAUCGAAAGACUGUUAUUUGUUUGCAAAAAAAAAUUUCUUGGGAUGAAAUCAAGUUUAAAAUAAUUGAAAAAUUUGUAUAUAGAUUCUUAGGGAUGUUGUGUAUAGUAAAUUGUAGAUAGAACGUAAAAAUUAAGACUCCGAACUUCCAAGAAUUGUUUUUCUCAGUUAGAAAAAAAGGAUGCAUUCAAAGUCAAUAAUGCAAUGUGCUCAUGACUUCUUAUUCUUCUUUUUAAGAUAGAGAAUUUUAUUUUUGUGUUCUCAAUGACAAUUGGUAGGUCAGUAGUUUAGAAGUAAUUGAAAACAAAAUGAAACUAGCCAUUAAUUGAUAAUCAAAUGAUAAUUAACUUCUAAAUAGCUAAGUUAUUUUUUCUUACAAAAUUAUUUCGUUAAUAAGAAUUUUUUCUUUUUCAAAAAAAAACAAAUAAUCAAAUUUAAUUUUCUUUUCUCUUCUAAAAUGAAAAAUCAAGUCUUUAGAAACUUGAUCUAUUGGAGUAGUAAAUACUAAAAUUUUAUUUUUUAGAAAUAACGUCAAUUAGGUUAAUAAAAAUUUAUUUUCUUUUAUUAAACUGUAGAAUUAGAUUUUUAAUUUUAAAACUUUCAUGU